CUCAAGUUAGAUCAAGCACCAGAGGAGUCCUGUGUUAAAGAGCAACACACAAGACUUGCAGUUCUUGGCCAUGGAUGACUUUGUCUGUAACAAAUUAACUGAAUGGCGUCUCAGCAAUCUCAUUAAAAUAUUUAAAGAUCAAGAAAUUGACGAGGAAAGUUUUCACGAUCUUGAUGAUAAAGAAAUUGAUAAACUCAUCACAAAGGCGGGACCAAGGAUAAAAUUCAAGAGACAAUUCAAGUUGUUUAAGAAAGAACAAAACACAGCAUAUCAGGAAACAGUUGAUUCUUCUGCCCAAGAGCAUGAAGAAGCUGUUUCUGCUCAGGUGUGUCCGUCCACCAGUGGCGCCAGUAAUAAAGAAAAGAGGAAGUUGGAUCUUCAGGGCGAGUCCAGCAAAUCUCAAUCACCAGCUAGUAAACGACACUGUGGCACUAAACCACGACCAGACUCAGAAAUACUGACUAAAGUGAAAAGCAUCAUGAGCUUUGUUAAGAAAAGACUACCGGCCCAAGACAACAAACUCAGCAACUUCCUGAAGGAUACAAUUGAUGAUUUGGAGACAGACAAGAGGGAGGUUGUCGGUGUCUUUGGUAAAACUGGGUCUGGAAAGAGCUUUUUGAUAAAUGCUGUCAUUGGAGAGAUGAAUCUCUUACCCACUGGAAGUGUCUGUGCAUGUACCUCAGUCAUGAUCGAAGUCAAGGCUAACACGCAGAACAAGACCUAUCAGGCGGACAUUGAGUUCAUUACAAAAGAGGAGUGGAAGGAUGAGUUGUUUCAGUUUCUUGGGGAUAAAGCAGGUCAGGAAGAUGAAGAUUAUCCUGAGUUUAAGGAAAAGCUGUCAGCACUGUAUGGAGAAGAAAAGGAAAACAAAACCUCUGAAAUGCUCAUGGAGAAAAAAUAUUUCAAAGAAAUUCCGGAAUUUCUCGAAAACAAGAAGAAGAUUUUGACAUGUGAAUCAGCUGAAAAGCUAUCUACAACACUUGUCGGAUUCACAAAAGUCACAAGACGUAACUCAAAAGAUGAAGAAGGAAAGAGGUGGUACUGGCCACUGGUGAAGUGUGUGACUAUCAAGGUGCCCAAUAAUGAUCUUCUCCGGCAUGUCACACUUGUGGAUCUUCCUGGAAAUGGGGACCGUAACAAGAGCAGGGACAACAUGUGGAAACAGGUAGUUGGAAGUUGUUCUACUGUGUGGAUUGUGACUGACAUUGAUCGAGCAGCAGCAGAGAAAGAAGCCUGGCAGAUCCUGGAAAGUGCCAGCAGUCUCAUGGGAAAUGGGGGCGAGUGUCAGCACAUUCUCUUUAUCUGCUCCAAGUCUGAUGGGAGUCUUAAUAACCGUGAAGCCAUACUUGACAGAAACAUGCUAGCCAAGACAGAAGUGAGCAAAAGAUUCAGCGAAGAAAAGACGAUCAAGAAACAAUUCAGUGAUGAAUGUUUGAAAGUUCUCACAGUGACCUCCACAGAGUUUCUAGUGAAAAACCAUCUAAACCUAGAUGAAACUGAAAUACCCAAACUUAAGGAAUUUCUGAAAAAACUCAAUGACUGUCACUCAGAGACAGUAAACUAUGUGUCUGGAGCUCGUGGGAUUCUCUCUCUGAUUCAAGGGGCCAGCCGUAGAGACGGGGCUGACAAAAACACAGAUGUGUGCACAGACCUUGACAAAAAGAUGAAGGAUGAACUUGAUAAAGUCAGAAAACCAAUGGAGGAGGCCUACAAGGCUUUUGAAAAAUGCCUCAGUGAGGGGGUUGAAAGAUCAAAAAGUUCAUGUGAAAGUGACUUGAUGUCGGUCAUAGAUUCUAGAAAAGUAACAGGUGGAGCCUUUCACCAGACAUUGAAGAGUGUAGUUAAUAAAGGUGGCACCCACAAACCAAAAAAAGGGAAACCAAUAAAUCUCAAUGGGACGUUAGCUUCAUGCCUGACUGACAGCAUUGACGAAGAAUUCAAGAAGACCUUCCCAAAUGAAAGAAAGUGUGGACCAUUUGACGAUGUCAUAAAUAAGUUUUCACUUGACACUGAGAAGCUGAUUGGAAAGUACAAAGAUGUUGAACUGCAGCUGAUAUUUCUCAAGACAGAGGAAGACAAGAUUAAGACAGAACUCAACAAAAUCAUCCGGGAGCGUAAGAAAACGAUCUACAACAGUUUGACCGAGACAAUUGGGAUAAACAUGCAAGAAGGCUAUGACCAAGCAGCAACAUUUAAAGGAAAGGACACGCUGGAAAAUAUGAGAGACACUCUUGAGAUGCACGUACGUGCUGCAAAGAACAUCAUGUUUAAGGAGGCUAAAAAAGAAUUGUUGAAACAGCUGAGAGACUUCAUGAAAGAGAUCCUGGAGAAGCUGAAGAAAACAAUGCAGAAAUCAAUUGAGCUCUCACUCAAGACAGAUGGUGACUCAAUCCCAGAUGUUGCACAGCAGCUUAAGGAGGUGAACGACUACUACAAUGACCUGAAGGCCCAGCAGCAGAGUCCAUGACGUGCACAGGUUUGCUCCGUGGAGAGAAACAGCCGAGGCCAGAUGCCCCACUGAAGGUCCUGCAGACCCACCGGUUACUGACGUCAGGCCUCUGGAUUUAGUCUCAACCAUUUUUGUCAAGUUGCUAUCCCUGUCCUCUUUAAUUGUUGUUUUGAUAUGUACUUUGAGUUUGCUUAUGGUGAAUUACAUGGUGAGAGAUUUUAGAUUUUCUAUUUUUGAUUAUAGAUCAGAGGCAGACAGAAAAUGUGGAGAGAGAGAGAGAGAGAGAGAGAGAGAGAGAGAGAGAGAGAGAGAGAGAGGGAUGACAUGCAGCAAAUGUUCCUAGUCUAAUUUAAACCAUUGAUGUGGUUCUAAUGGUACACGUCUUAGCCACUAGGCCAAUAUGGUGUAUUUUUGUUUUUAAUGAUUUGAUUUUUUGUUCUCUUUGAACAUAUUGUCAUGUUUUUCAUUUGAUUUUUUUUUCUCUUUGGAUACAGUAUAUUUUCAUGUUUUUUUUCCAUAAUUUUAUUUUAUUAGUAUUGGUCAAUUGGGAUGAGAGUGGUGAAAUUUUAAUGAUUUUAUGGGUGUGUAAUUUAAAUUGUAACCUUGAUUUCGGUACAUACUGUAGGGAUGUUGGAUUUGACAUAGGCUUCUCAAAGAAUGAUGAUGAUCUUUUAUCCUUAAUGUUCAAAGACUAUAAUAUAGCUUACUGCAAAAUAAUGUUUUUUAUGUCUUCAUAUAUGAGAAAUACAGAGAACUAGAUGAUAGCAAUAAACCUGCUGGCUUCUCACGAUUUACUGUACUUUUAUUUUUUAAUCUACACUAUUUCUAAAUGCUUAAAUAAUUGAAUAUGGUAUACUGCCCGAUAAACCUCAAUAAAGUUCACUUAUGAGUCAAAGUGUCA